GUGAUUCAAUGAAUCGUAUUCAACUGUUCAAUGUCUUGAAUAGACAAUGCAUCACCGGACAUACGUUACGUGGGACUUAUGCAACAAAAAGUACAACGACAACACCGACUGCCACGACACCGCCGACAAAAUCGACUACUACAACAGACACCACAAUUGAAAAAGCUGUAAAACCUACCAAAGCAGACAGUAAAUUGUCGUCAACUGAAGCUGGUGCUACCUAUAAAGUCCCUGAAUAUUAUAAACAUGAAACAUUUUGUUAUUAUGACUCUGAAUUAUUCCUUAGUGAAUAUCGAUUGCCUCAACCGAAUCCUUUUUAAAUUGAGCUGUACGAGAAUGUAGUCGGCUUUUUUUUCUUUUUUUUUUAGUUGUUAAUCCUUAUUCUUAUGCAUAUUACCUUAUUGUGUAUACAAGAUAUUAUCGAAAUAAAGGCAUACACAUAGUA